UAAGCGCUGCGCUCUUGUCCCUGGCAGAUGUGAUGCUGCGUUCGUGUGUUGUGGUAAAUACACAAUCCCGUGCAACAGACUCUUGUUUACAAACUUUAUCUAUAUAAUUAUCUCUUUUGCUCUUCACAAUGAUGCGUGAAUCCUCUUCACUGACCGAGAGUACAGCUGUAAUAGCUUGCAUUCAUUACAAAUCUACUCCAUAUUGCAAAUGAAAUGAAUGAUUUUAAAGUCAUGUUUUCCCUGCUUGUAGCAAAUGUUGUAGAGUUUUGCUUUUUACUCUCUAGUAGUGCAUUUUCUACUCUGGAAAAGUAAAUUUUGUGCAGUCAUUGCUCUGAAAAUUUAAAAGGGGGUGCUUACAGUAGAAUCACAUACUCCGUUAUUGGCAGCAGCAUUAGUGUUUACAUCCUUUUUAUUUAAUUAAACAUAGAUCCUUAAAUAUUUGAGUGCAUCUUGUUUACAUGAAACCUUGUCAGUAUGUUUUCUAGUUUUAACAGUAAUUGGUAAAUAUAUGAUCAAGUGAGUUUAAGUCCGUUUACUGAUCUUUUUGUUGACAAUUCAAGUUAACGUGGUGGACAUGAACGCCUCACGGCCACUCAGGCUGCGGGCUGCACGCAUUUCUUUAGAGCAGCGCUCCCCCUAGUGGACACAUCGUGAGGUACACUGGCUUAAAAACAAACAUUUGAAGCUAUUUAAAGAGCAAGUCACCCCUUACAAGAAGCGUACCUCACUCCCACUUCAUGUUUGAAAAAUGCAACAAAUGCUGUUGCCUAGCAGACCAAGAGGGUGGAGCCACUAACAAAUACACACACUCACGACAUUGUGACAUCAUAGUGUACCAGUUUACAUCAUAGCAUACCUCUUAGCCAAUAGCGGUGGCAGAUUUAAAUUCAAAUCCAGUGAAGAGUUUUUACCUGACAACGGCACAACACUGACAGUUUCAGGCAGAAAUUUUAAAUUUUAACUAAAAUGCACUAAAGUGCUAAACUAUUGACUACACGUGUAUGCAGCACGAUUAGACACGCAUUUAUAUAGUUUAUCAGAAAAAAAUAGUUGAUUUGGGGGUGACUUGCUCUUUAAGUUCAUAUAAAUGUGUUUACUUAAACCUACAGUGCUAGCUGCGUUAUGAUUGAACAGGAUAUCGUGGUUAUCACGGGUAAACUGACAUUUUGCUUUUCUAUUUACAUUUCUUUUCUCAAAAGGAGGGUUAAUUUAAAGUACAUGUAUUUUUCAGGGUGACCUUUCACGGAGUUCUUCGUGAACCCCAGCUGGAAGGCAGCUCAGGUACGGAUUCAUGUUUGUAAACCGCAUUAAGUUUUGUGCUUAUUUUCCAGUGUUUGUCAGAUCCUAUCAUUUUAAAUAACCCAGCAGGGUUUAAAGAUGUCCAGACUGGGAGAAAAAAUCAGUAUUUACGUGAGGGAGCGACUAGUGAGUUACGUCACAACUCUUCUGAUAAUUAUUGGAAUUUGGAAAACGCUCAUACCAAAGUUUGCUGUUUAUCUGGGCAUUGCCAGAGGUUCCAGCCUCGUCAUUUUGGAGCAAACAGGCAAAAACGAUGGCUACAGAGAUGGAGAUGUGUGUGGCUUCUGCCCCACAGGUCACUGCUGCAUCGAAGGUGGAGCAGAAAAACUAGACUCAGUGGUUAACAUGAAGAUCAUCUCCAAGCACUUUUAACAAGAAGAGAAGGAUGUGAUUUAUUCAAGAGAUGCUGGUGUGCAUUCAUUAUUGCACUGUAUUGAUGGAGAUAAGUAAUGGAUGCUACUUUUUUUCCCAGAUGUGUGAUUUGCGUAUUACUGCUCAUUACAUCAUGGUGAUCGGAGAGCAGCCUUUGUCCACAUCACCUAAGGCCAUCUCUCAUCAGUUGACAGACUCGUUCCUCUACUGCAAGAAAUCAUUAUGAAAAUGCUCCAACAACUGGAGGAGACAGACCCCUGGACCCAACAAUUAUGUAGUAUGGAUGAAGAUUAGGGCCACUGAGAAAACAAAGAUAAGGAAAAGACUUCCAACUUUAAUCUCAGAAUUCCAACUUUAUUCUCAGAAUUGUGACUUUUUCCCCCUCAGAAUUAUGAAUUUUUUUCUCAGAAUUAUGACUUUUUCCCAGAAAUGUGAUUUUAAUCUCAGAAUUGUGACUUUAAUUUUAGA